GGCAGCACCAAGGUUGGCUUCCUUGCAGAAAGGGCUUCUCAUGGACUUGACCGCUGACAACCCCUUAAAGCGAAACAGGUCGGCUACCGCGCUGAGCGCCCGAAACCCGCGCGGGAGCCAGGGGGCCGAUGGCAGCACCAGGGGGCCGCAGGUGAACGGUGCCAGCUGCGGCCUCCCGCCCCCGCAGCUCCGGGGCUGCGCCAUGCCCGGCGGCGCGGAGACGCUGGACCUGCCGAUGUGGCAGGGACACUCCCACCUGUCCCGGGAUGGGGGUCGCCAAAGAAAUGCAAUGGCUCAUCUUGAUGCUGAGGUGAAGGAAGAAUGGCUGAGAGAAGACCUCCAGUUUUACUUCAUGAACCCUUGUGACAAAUAUCGAGCCAGAAACCAAAUUCCAUGGAAACUGGGUUUGCAGAUCUUGAAGAUCGUCAUGGUCACCACACAGCUUAUUCGUUUUGGUUUAAGUAACCAGCUGGUGGUUGCCUUUAAAGAAGAAAACACUGUUGCAUUCAAACACUUGUUUUUGAGAGGUUAUUCUGGGACAGAUGAAGAUGACUACAGUUACAGUGUCUAUACUCAGGAGGAUGUCUAUGAAAACAUAUUUUUUGCUAUUAAUCAGUAUCAUCAUCUAAAGAACCUAUCGGUGGGGACUCUGGGAUAUGCAGAAAAUGAAGACAAUGAAAUUGGCUUAAAAGUCUGUAAGCGGCAUUACAAAAGAGGAACCAUGUUGCCUUUUAACGAGACACUGGAUAUUGACAGCGACAUUGAAAUAGAUUGUGUUCACCUGGCUCUCCAGGACCUCUCCAAGAACUCUCAGGAAUGGAAAAAUUCACCAUUCUUCAGACUAGAAUUUUAUCGGCUUCUGCAAGUUGAAAUCUCCUUUCACCUCAAAGGCAUUGACCUACAAACGAUUCAUUCUCGAGAGCUGCCAGACUGUUACAUAUUUCAGAACACAAUUACCUUUGACAACAAGGCUCACAGUGGCAAAAUGAAAAUCUAUUUUGACUGUGAGGCUAAGAUCGAAGAAUGUAAAGACUUGAACAUAUCUGGAUCUAUUCAGAAAAACACUCAGUAUGUCCUUAUAUUUGAUGCAUUUGUUAUUGUGAUUUGCUUGGCGUCUCUUAUUCUGUGCACACGGUCCAUUGUUCUGGCUCUCCGGUUACGAAAGAGGUUUCAAACCUUUUUCUUGGAGAAGUAUAAUCGCCACGUAUCUAACUCCAACCAGUGGGAGUUCAUCAAUGGCUGGUAUAUCCUGGUAAUUAUCAGUGACCUCAUGACAAUAACUGGAUCCAUAUUAAAAAUGGAAAUUAAAGCAAAAAACCUCACGAACUACGAUCUGUGCAGCAUUUUGCUCGGAACAUCCACCCUCUUUGUCUGGGUCGGCGUCAUCAGAUACUUGGGCUACUUCCAAACCUACAACGUGCUCAUUUUAACCAUGCAAGCCUCACUACCAAAAGUCCUUCGCUUCUGCGCCUGCGCUGGUAUGAUUUAUCUAGGCUACACCUUCUGUGGCUGGAUCGUCUUAGGACCUUAUCAUGACAAGUUUGAAAAUCUUAACACAGUUGCUGAGUGUCUAUUUUCUCUGGUCAAUGGUGAUGACAUGUUUGCAACCUUUGCUCAGAUCCAGCAGAAGAGCAUCUUGGUGUGGGUCUUCAGCCGCCUAUAUUUAUACUCAUUCAUCAGUCUUUUUAUAUAUAUGAUACUCAGCCUUUUCAUUGCACUCAUUACAGAUUCUUAUGACACCAUCAAGAAAUACCAACAGAAUGGGUUUCCUGAAACGGAUUUACAAGAAUUUCUGAAGGGAUGUAGUAGCACAGACAAGUGUGAGAAAGGACCCUCAGCUUUCCUGUCCUGCAUCUGCUGUCUGAGGAGGGAAAGAAGUGAUGACCACUUGGCACUUGUCAGCUAAAAUCCUUCCAAGGACAAUUAAGUUUCAAGUCUCCUUAACCAAUGUAACAAUCCACAUGGACCCAAACAGUUCAGAUCCCUGUUUUCAAAAAUACUUCAAAAAUACUGACUUAUUUCAUUGUGGAGUGGGGAAAGGGACUGUCAGAUGGCUGACUUGAAACUAACUCCAAAGUUCUCUUUCUCUCUCUUUUUCUUUCUUAUUCAAAAUUUAACUGAUGAAGCAAAAGCCAUAGUCAAUUACUGGGCAUUGGUGCAAUAGAGAAGUGAUAGUGAAAUGCUAUAUUUUCAUUUAUGACAUGACAAUUUUGUGAUGGAAAAAUAGCACAUUUUGGCUUGUGCAAAACAUUGCUGCUUAUGGCCAUGCAUUUCAAGCUGUGUAUUUGUCAUCAAAGGAGUUGCUUUUUCAGGUUAGUCUUGAGUUGCCAGGCAUGUGUUUACUAAUCCAUGAUCUUCACAGAAACAAGGUCGAGGGAGCCGGUUGGUAGCGCAGCGGGUUAAGUGCAGGUCACGCAAAGCACAAGGACCAGCAAAGGAUCCCUGUUUGAGCCCGGGGCUCCCCACCUGCAGGGGAGUUGCUUCCCAAGUGGUGAAGCAGGUCUGCAGGUGUCUUUCUUUCUCUUCCCUUCUCUGGCUUCCUCUCCUCUCUCCAUUUCUCUCUGUCCUGUCCAAUAAUAAAACAACAAUAAAAAACAACAAUAAAACAACAAGGGCAACAAAAGGGAAUAAAGGAAAAAAAAAACAAGCCAAGUCGAUCGUGAUUCCAAAUUAGAGACUCAAGCAGAACUACAAAGUCAUUGGAAGAGCAUACCUAAAUCAGCAAAAGAAAGACCUCUUGCAGUGGAUAUUUCUUGACCUAUUUUCCCAAGGUUUUUCUUCUUCAGUGUAACAUGAAGCAACUGUUGGCCUAGUCAGUGGACCAACAGGAAACAGUGUCAUCGAGAUUCCUUAUUGCUUGCACUAAUAAUUGACUGUACACACAUGGGUGUGUGAAUAAACUGUAGUGGUGGUGAUUCACUUUAGUUGAAAUACACUAUAGUAGGGAUUUACCCUUGUCAGGCAAGGAAAUACGCUAUUUUUCCCAAGUAUCAAUAAAUUUAUUUUUUAUUAUAACAUA